AUGGGCAUUUGCAAGAGUUAACCAAUAAUAACUGAAGAUUUACCCACAAUGGAUUCAAGUGGGCACAAGUAAACAGAAACAGUCAUCAAGGAGGAUAGUACUGCUAUUUAUGAUGAGAAUAAAAUCGUCAUAAUAUAAGCACUCUACAGAGGUCAUAAGGCUCGUAAAUCUCUUAUGACAACUUUACAAUCUCCAGAGACUUCAGCACCCACUCAAGUGGAGCAGUAGAAAUUCUGCUUUGAUCCUAACUAACUCCACGAUUAUGAUUAAUCUUCAAUUUUGAUGAAGAACGGAGCUAUCUAUACGGGAGAAUGGAAGGAUGGCAAAGCUAAUGGAAAAGGUAAAUAUUAAUUCCAAGAUAGAUGCUAUGUCGAGGGGACUUGGGCUUCCAAUGAACUUUAAGGAGAGGCAACAUACGUAAACGGUACCGAGAUGUAUAAAGGACAGUGGCUUGACAGUAUGUUCCAUGGGAAUGGCGAGUAUGUCUAUUCUGAUGGUCGCAUCUAUUAAGGUGAAUGGAAGAAAGGAUUACAACAUGGGAUGGGUAAAGAGAUCUACAAGGACAAGUCUUCCUAUGAAGGUAAAUUCAAGGAGGGUAUGAAAAAUGGACUUGGGAUAAUUCGAUUGGCUGAUGGUUGUGUAUAUGAGGGAGAAUUUGAAAAUGACUAAUUUCAUGGAUAUGGGACAUUCAUUUGGCCAGAUAGAAAGAAAGUUUUCGAGGGUUAUUGGAAGAAUGGAAAUAAACAUGGAAAUGGUACUAUGAAGUGGGGUGAUGGUCGAAUUUACACAGGCCAAUAUUUGGAAGGACUUAAACAUGGAUACGGAGAAAUGAAUUAUAGUGAUGGUCGUUGUUAUAAGGGACAAUGGAAGAAUGGGUUGUAAGACGGCAUGGGAAUAUUCUUAGACAAGGAAGGGAACGAAAAGAAAGGAUUCUGGUUCAAAGGUAAACUUAAGAAAUGGGUUUGAACUUUUACAAAUUUUUGAUUUUAAAUCUCUUCUAUUUAUU